UAGCUGAGUGCUGAUGUCAAUAGUACUGUAUUGUAGGCUGGGCCGUUAUCCAGAUUUAAUUACCGUUCCUGUACCGUACCGGGGUAUACGUGUCACCGGCAGUGCACACAAAGGGCGUUAUUUCUUUCCAAAGAUAAAAAUACAUGUAAAUAAUGUUAACAAACGCUAGCAAAUUACUAGCGGAUUCUAGAUAAAUAUUAACAAGUACAAGCGGACAUACAGUACCAGUCAAAAGUUUGGACACACCUACUUAUUCAAGGGGUUUUUCUUUAUUUUUACUAUUUUCUACAUUGUAGAAUAGUAGUGAAGACAUCAAAACUAUAAAAUAACACAUGGAAUCAUGUAGUAACCAAAAAAGUGUUAAACAAAUCAAAAUGUAUUUUAUAUUUGAGAUUCUUCAAAUAGCCACCCUUUGCCUUGAUGACAGCUUUGCACACUCUUGGCAUUCUCUCAACCUGCUUCACCUGGAAUGCUUUCCAACAGUCUUGAAAGAGUUCCCACAUAUGCUGUGCACUUACUUGUUGGCUGAUUUUCCUUCACUCUGCGGUCCAACUCAUCCCAAACCAUCUCAAUUGGAUUGAGGUCGGUGAUUGUGGAGGCCAGGUCAUCUGAUGCAGCACUCCAUCACUCUCCUUCUUGGUGAAAUAGGCCUUACACAGCCUGCAGGUGUUUUAGGUCAUUGUCCUGUUGAGAAACAAAUGAUAGUCCCACUGAGCGCAAACCAGAUGGGAUUGCGUAUCGCUGCAGGAUGCUGUGGUAGCCAUGCUGGUUAGGUGUGCCUUGAAUUCUAAAUAAAUCAAUGUCACCAGCAAAGCACCAUCACACCACCUCCUCCAUGCUUCACGGUGGGAACCACACAUGUGGAGAUCAUCUGUUCACCUACUCUGCGUCUCACAAAGACAUGGCGGUAGGUACCAAUAAGGACAGAUUUCCAAUGGUCUAAUUUCCAUUGCUCGUGUUUCUUGUCCCAAGAUAGUCUCUUUCUAUUGGUGUCCUUUAGUAGUGGUUUCUUUGCAGCAAUUCUACCAUGAAGGCCUGAUUCACACAGUUUCCUCUGAACAGUUGAUGUUGAGAUGUGUUACUUGAACUUGAGGUAUUUAUUUGGGCUGCAGCCUUCAAAUGAACUUAUCCUCUGCAGGAUCUUCCUUUCCUGUGGCGAUCCUCAUGAAAGCCAGUUUCAUCAUAGCGCUUGAUAGUUUUUGAGACUGCACUUGAAGAAACUUUCAAAGUUCUUGAAAUGUUGGAAGUGUUCCUGGAUUGACUGACCUUCGUGUCUUAAAGUAAUGAUGGACUGUCGUUUCUCUUUGCUUAUCUGAGCUGUUCUUGCCUUAAUAUGGACUUGCUCUUGUACCAAAUAGGGCUCUCUUCUGUAUACCACCAUUACCUUGUCACAACACAACUGAUUGGCUCAAAUGCAUUAAGAAGGAAAGAAAUUCCAGAAAUGAACUUUUAACAAGGUACACAUGUUAAUUUGAUUCCCGAGUGGCGCAGUGGUCUAAGGCUCUGCAUCUCAGUGCAAGAGGCAUUACUACAGUCCCUGGUUCAACGCCAGGCUGUAUCCCAUCUGGCCGUGAUUGGGAGUCCCAUAGGGCGGCACAUUGGCCCAUAUUUUCUUAUCAAUGCAUUGUUGGUUAAGGGCUUGUGAGUCAGCAUUUCACUGUAAGGUUGUAUUUCACCUGUUGUAUUCAGAGCAUGUGACAAAUAACAUUUGAUUUGAUUCUGACCUACAGCUUUCUGCCCUUUUAAAGGUCCAAUGAUGCCGUUUUUAUCUCAAAAUCAAAUCAUUUCUUUGUAGCAAUACCCUGGUUGGACCGUAAUGACCACACGCUUCCAGUUGCCUGCUGGCAGAUCUUACAAUGUCCGGGCAUCAGAGCUGGCACGCGACAGGCAGCACACUGAGGUUGGCUGCAACAUUCUUCUCUUGGACAACACUGUCCAAGCCUUCAAAGUUAAUAAGCACAACCAGGGUCAGGUCUUACUGGAGGAAGUGUUUAAACACCUGGAGCUGACAGAGAGGGAUUACUUCGGCCUGCAUCUGUCCGACGACUCCUCCGACAGCCCGGUAGGUGCCAAGAGAUGGCUGGAUCCAAACAAACCCAUCAGGAAGCAACUUAAACGGGGAUCGCCUCAUAAUCUGAGCUUCAGAGUGAAGUUCUUUGUGACCGACCCUAAUAAACUUCAGGAAGAGUACACUAGGUACCAGUAUUUCCUCCAGCUCAAACAGGACAUCCUGACUGGAAGACUGCCCUGUCCGCACAACACUGCUGCACUCCUGGCGUCCUAUGCUGUUCAAUCUGAGUUGGGAGACUACAGUGACUCGGAGCAUGCUCCUGGCUACCUCUCAGAGUUCUGCUUCAUCCCCAACCCACCACAAGGGUUCCACAAGGAGGUCACCAAACACCACCAACAGCACGGUGGUCUGUCUUCUGCCCAAUCAGAGUUUAAUUACCUGAACACAGCACGGACGCUGGAGCUGUACGGAGUGGAGUUGCACUAUGCAAGGGAUCAACGCAACACUGAGAUUUUAAUUGGGGUGAUGUCAGCAGGGAUCGUGGUUUACAAGAACAGGGUACGAAUCAACUGCUUUCCUUGGUUGAAGAUUGUGAAAAUAUUGUUCAAGUGCAAACAGUUCUUCGUUCAGCUCAGGAGAGAAGUGAAUGAGACGAGGGAGACCUUGCUGGGGUUUAACAUGGUGAGCUACAGAGCCUGUAAGAACCUAUGGAAGACCUGUGUAGAGCAUCACACCUUCUUCCGUCUGGACCGGCCCGUUCCCCCUCAGAAGAACUUCUUUGCCCACUAUUUUACCCUGGGCUCCAAGUUUCGUUACUGCGGGAGGACCGAGGUGCAGUCGGUGCAGUAUGGCAAAGAGAAGGGGAUCAAGAACAGGGUGUUUGCCAGGUCUCCCAGUAAGCCCAUGGCCAGGAAGUUGAUGUGCGGAACAGACUGGGAGGCGGUGAGCAGGAACAGCCUAUCAGACGAGAGGCUGGAGACCCAGAGCCUGCCUACACGCUCCCCACCCGGUACCCCUAACCACCGGAACUCGUUGUUCGUACAGGAGGGGACGCGGAUGCGCCCGUUGUCGGUUGGGCACCUGGUGGACCACAUGAUCCACGCCUCGCCUAGUCUCCCCGUCUUCUCCAAUCACAAAUCAGCGUCCUCCAGCCAGGCCAACUCUAUCAGUCUGGACUCCAGCCCCUCCCCAGAGACAGUAGAUGGUCGGCCCCCGGCCCUGCCUCCAAAACAGUCCAGGAAGAACCUGAGCCAGAUCAUCCAGGCCCACUCCCAGCAGAGUCUCCUUGACAACCACAUCAACGAGAUGUACGAUGUCCCCAUGGCAACCGACAAGACCACGUUGAACGGUGUUGUCCCUCACGACAAUCUGGUCCUGGUCAAGAUGAGGCCAGAUGACAACAGACGAUUUGGCUUCAACGUCAAGGGUGGAGCUGAUCAGAAGGUACCCGUCAUCGUGUCUCGUGUGGCCCCUGGGACAUCGGCUGACCUGUGUGUCCCUCGCCUGAACGAAGGUGACCAGGUGGUUCUGAUCAACGGUCGAGACAUCUCGGAGCACACUCACGACCAGGUGGUCAUGUUCAUCAAGGCCAGCUGUGAGAGCCACUCAGGAGAGCUCAUCUUAUUGGUCAGGCCCAAUGCCAUCUAUGACAUGGUGGAGGAGAAGCAGGAGACCGAGCCAGACUUCCAGUACAUCCCAGAGAAGUGUCCCCAGGACCCCAGUCAGCUGGACCAGGACGCCUGGAGGGACUCCAUGAACACCCUGAAGGAGGGUCUGGUCAGCGGGGAAGUACUAGCCCAGUUUGAUCAACUCUACCGGAAAAGUCCUGGAAUGACAAUGUUGUGUGCCAAAUUACCUCAAAACAUUUCCAAAAACCGCUACAGAGACAUCUCACCCUAUGACGCCACACGGGUCAUUCUGAAAAGCACAGAUGACUACAUCAAUGCAAAUUACAUCAACAUGGAGAUCCCAGCAUCCAGCCUGAUCAACCGGUACAUUGCGUGCCAGGGCCCGCUGCCCAACACGUGCCCAGACUUCUGGCAGAUGACCUGGGAGCAGAGCUCCUCCAUGGUGGUCAUGCUCACCACCCAGGUGGAGAGGGGACGGGUAAAGUGUCAUCAGUACUGGCCCAACCCUGACAGCACUGCCUCGUACGGCUGCUUCCAGCUGGCCUGUCUCACCGAGGAGGGUAAUUCUGCCUUCCUGGUCCGAGACAUGACCCUGACACACCUCGAGAGCGAGGAGGUCCGGGAGUUGACCCAGAUCCAGUACGUGGCCUGGCCGGACCAUGGCGUCCCAGAUGACUCCAUGGACUUCCUGGACUUUGUCAGUCUGGUGCGAAGCAAACGAGCCGGCAAGGAUGAGCCCAUGGUGGUCCACUGCAGCGCAGGGAUUGGCCGAACUGGAGUUCUCAUCACCAUGGAGACAGCGUUGUGCCUGAUGGAGUGCAGUCAGCCCAUCUAUCCAUUAGACAUAGUCAGAACCAUGAGGGACCAGAGAGCCAUGAUGAUUCAGACACCUAGCCAGUACAAGUUUGUGUGUGAAGCCAUCUUGAGGGUCUAUGAGGAAGGCCUGGUCAAACCCCUGAAGCCCACCCUUUACCAGAGAGAAGAAGAACGAGAGGAAGAAGAAAAUGGAGGAGAAGCAGCAGUAGGAGAGGAGGAGGAGGAAGAAGAGGAGGAAGAGGAUGUUAGCGUUAGUGUUAGUGCUAGUGUGACCAGUGUGACGAGUGAGACUAGCGCAACCAGCGAUUGCCCUGAACCCUGACCCCUUUGACCUGACCUGGGUCAGCCCAGCGCCAGGGAUGUGGAGCCCUGGUUGCCAUGCUUACCGCUAUGGGCCGAGGAGAGAACAAAGCACUGUUGCACUUUACGCCCUCAAAAAAAAAAAAAACUGAAAGUCAAGGACAAAUGAAUCCAGUAAUGUUGAAUAG